GGCAUGCAAAGAGAGAGAGGCUUUAUAAAUCGCGAGGAUGCACGUCGAAGCAGUGACACCUCGGCCGACGACGGUGAAAAACGCGAACGCGACGACGGUACGUCUCCCUUAAAAACCUUGCUUAACAGCAAGUAAGUGUCGUAUAUCCGCGGAACGCGAUUAAAACUUCUCCUACGGUACGAUUAAAACUUUCCUUCCUCGCGAGCAUCGAAAAGUUUCCCGCCGAUGAUCGACGCGACCUGAUCGCGCGAAAAAACUUGCUCUCUUCUUCUUCUCGAAGGCUACACUUUAAAGGAGGCUAUACACGAUUCGAGGGAUAUUGUUCGAUUAAUUUCCACGACUUUUCCGCCUUAUAUAUAUAUAUAUAUCAAUCUCGAUCCGGCUGAUAUUUUCGACGAGGCCUCUCGAAGUGGCCGAAAUAACGAAUUUCUCCUCGAGUGAGAACGAUAUCGAUACGACUUGGCGAAUCAAUAUUCCGCCUGCCAUAUUGCCGCACCUUUAACACCGGGUUCCCUCACGUCGGGUCCGUUCAAUCGGUUAACUGCCCCGGAAACAGAUCGACCGGAAUCUCGCCACCCCGAAGGAAGAUUACGAGAUUCUUCGACGAGCACCCGGGCUGCAAUCGCAUCGAUCGUCGCAAAUUGGAUUGCCGCUAAAACCUGGCUAAGGGGACAGCCUUGGAGCAGCGUUCAGUGCCGCCGGGGCACACCGACGCAACCAGAGAAAGAGAUAGAGUGAGUUUUAGAGUGCGUCGCGAUUAAUUCGAGACGCCGGUUUUGCACCUGGGGUUUUGCGCCGUAAAUGAGCGCGAUCAGAGAAACGUGACUGACAAGCGAAGACAAGCUACAAAUCCAUCGUCCGCGCAUGCACGAAUGAGACUUGUUAGCAGCGGCUUGCUAGCGAGAAUUCAUUAACGGCGACUUUAACAAGCAGGAGGAUGCAGCCACGGGUGACAGUGGCUCUGGCCACGGUUUGGUUCACGGUGGCGGGUCUGCUAGGAGAAACAGUCACCCUCCACCUGUUCGACGAUCAAUACUCCCCCACGACCCCGCAUCGCUACCCUGAGCUUCAACGAGACCAGACCAGAGACUGGAGAGCUCGCAAACUAGCCGAGGAUCAACCGCUCGACCUUUGGAUCGGCUCGCGAAGGUCGAUUUCCGCGGAGGAGUUAAAAGCUCUACGUCACAAUGCCAAGUUUGGCGAGCAAGAUUUUUCGCUCGAGAAACCUCUGAAGGACAUUGUCUCGUCAAAGCGCUACUCCCUCUCGAGCUGGCAGAAGCGGUUGCCAAAUAUCACCACCACGAAAUUCGCGGCCGACAAAGUCGAUUACGGUUACGAGAUGCCGGGGACGCUUUCGCGCGAGGCGAUGGUGCCUCGUUCGGAUCUCUUGGACGACCGCUUUGUGGCCGACGACACGUUCCAGGAUCAAGGUCCGGGAUCGAUGGAAAUUUACAAGCUGGACCUGUCCAAGGAGAAGGCUCUGCUUCCGACCGCGACCACGCCCUCCGCGGAUUUACCGUCUAGAAACAAGAGUAAAGCGCCGAAGAAGACGAGUCAGCUGAAUCCAAAAACGAAAACAACGGAGAUCAAGUCUACGACGGUAGACCCGAAGAUUCAUCACAGGCAAUCGAACUUCUUCGAGGAGCAACGAACCGAGGCACCCUCCGUCAACAGAUACGCCUUCGACGUCGGCGGCGUGCCGGAGCUACAGGUUGGAUGCGAGGGCCUGGAAGCGUCGCCAUCGUCCCACAAGACGAAAAGAUCGAUAGAUGCGCCCGACAACAAGGAGGAAGGGAUUGUACCGGCGUCCGCGCUGCUGGACUUGAUGCCAAUAUCCCUCGAUCUCGACUACGAUCCGUCGUACGACGAGGAGGACGACGAGGAGAUGGACGAGUUGUUCAAGUUGAGGAAAUUCGAGUCCAGUACGCAGAAGGUUAGGCCGAACCGGGGCGACAUGGACGCGAGGCAUCUCUAUUCCGAUCGUCCGGACGGGUCUAAGCUGGAAAAGUUGCCGAGCCGGGGCGACUUGGGUCAAUCGAUUCCGCAGCAUUACCGCGGACACGAGACGGAUCGAGAAAAGUCGCGAAAACCCAUAGACGUUGAAUCCAAAAAGAGCGCUAAAGGAAAGCUCGUUUCCGACGACGGCGGCGUUAUCGGGGAUCGUGGGUUGGCGCGGCUCACCGAGGCAAAUAUCGAGGGAUUUUCGGAGCAAAUCGGAAUGGGCGGGCGAAAACGCGCGAAGCGGUCGGCCAAUUGGGGCUUUGGCGAGGACGAAGGUGUCGUAUCCAGCGACGAAUUACAGACCGUGAAUGAGCGUCGCAGGCAGCACGAUAUGCGAUACCAUCAGGAUGUAUCCGGACGACGUGACCAGCAUCGUGGAAUAAAUCCCGACGUCGAUAGCAUCAGACGGGAAUACGAGAACCUACUCGAGCAGAGGCGAAAAGAGGAGGAGGAGGAGCGACUUCGGCGAGUGCAACAGGGUGGUGGCCAAAAGACACCUAAUAGAUGGGAGGAGGAAGCGAGAAGGAGGGAUGAGAUGCGAAAGACGCAGUACAAUAGAAAUCGUAGCAGGAUGUAUUAUACGUCGACACCUCGGACCGACGACGAGGAAACCCAGAGACGACAGAUGGAGGAGAGACAGAAGCAGGAAGAGGAACGAAGACGACAGAUGCAAGAGGAAGAAGCUAGGAGACGAUACAAUAAUAAAGGAAAAGAAGAAACCGCGAGAAAAUGGGACUCCAAAAUCCCUAUGAGCAAUGAAGAAAGAAGGCAAAGGCUUCACGAUGAAGAGACAAGAAGGAGGGAGGAAGAGGAACAAAGACGACGAGUGCAAGAAGAGGAAGAAGCUAGGAGGCGAUACAAUAAUAAAGGAAAGGAAGAAAACGCGAGAAAAUGGGACUCCAAAACCCCUAUGAGCAACGAAGAAAGAAGGCAAAGGCUUCACGAUGAAGAGACAAGAAGGAAAGAAGAAGAGGAACAAAGACGACGAGUGCAAGAAGAGGAAGAAGCUAGGAGGCGAUACAAUAAUAAAGGAAAGGAAGAAAACGCGAGAAAAUGGGACUCCAAAACCUCUAUGAGCAACCAAGAAAGAAAGCAAAAGCUUCCCGAUGAAGAGACAAGAAGGAGAGAGGAAGAGCGACAAAGACAGUUGAAGAAAGAAGAAGACAAGAAACGGGAGGAACAAUAUAGGUGGCAACAAGAAGCGGAAAGAAGGAAGAAAGAAGAGGAGAGAAGGAAGAAAGAGGAGCGCGGAAGGGAUCUUUCGGAGGGUGAUAGAAGACGGCUGGAGGAUCGUCGCCGGGAAUGGUCGGAGAAGAGGAGGCAGCAGGAAGAGGACGAGACAAGGCGACAGCAGCCACCGUCGAACUUGAUGCACACGGGACACCGAAUCAAUCACCCGAACGAUAUCAGACAGCGUGAUCGAGAUGAGGAAAGACGCGCGCAAGAGGAAGAGAGAGUGCGGGACCAGAAGCUACGGGAAUAUAUCGCGCGAAAUCAACCCAUCAACGUCACUCACGCCGAUCGCAGGUCGGAGGAAGAUAGACGACGCUAUCGACCCGAGGAGGGCAGAGAUCCGCGGAGAAACACUAGCAGGAACGAGGAAGAGGAGCUACGUAGGAGACAGGAGGAGGAGCAAAAGCUGCGGGACUACAUCCGGAGGAACCAGCCGGUGAAUGUGCCUUCUAGGAGCGAUCAAUCGGGCAUAACGGAACGUAACCUGUUAGAGGAACGGAGGCUGAUCGAGGACGCUAGGCGUCGCGAUCCCGUUAGGUAUCCCGAUUCAGGAGCGAGAAGGCAUCACGGCCCGUCCGCACCUACGUACAAUAUCGAUCGGCGAGUUUCCUCGCCGGAGGAAGUCAGACAGUGGCAGCAGGAGCGAGAGAGACGGCUGCAGGAAGAGAGACGGCAGAGGUACGAGGCGGAGCAGCGACAGAAGGAACUCGCCAUGAGACAGCGUGAGGAAAGGGAGAGACGAUCGCGAGAGCAGGAGGCGGCUAGACGAGAGGAAGAGGCUAGGAAGGCGGAAUCCAGGAGAUACGAGGAGGAAAGGAAGCGGUUGGAGGCGACGAGGUUGGAGGCCGAGAGAAGGAGACAGGAGAGAGAACGAUCCUGGAGCAGACUGCCGGAAGCCACGAGGACGACCUACUACCAUCAAGAUCCUCGGCUUUUGGAAGAGCACAGAAGACGGCAGGAUAGUCAACCGAUUCCGAGCAAUUUGGUACGAGACGAAGAGGCCAGGAGGUUGGCGGCGGAACGCGAGAAGCAACGGCUGGAGGCCGAGAGACGGCGACUGGAUGAUAGCAGAAUAAAGGAGUACAGACCGAAGGAGACCGACCAGUGGAGACGUCAGGAACUAGUCAGACUCAACUCGCUGCCGGUGAGCGCAAGGAUAAUUGUAGUCCGUCCAGGACCUUCGUCGUCCGUCUCGCCGGCGGUGCUAUCGAGGGAUGGCUUCAAUAACGAGAUCGAUUUCACGGGGAUAAAUCCAAAUCGCGGAGGCAUACAAGCGCCAAGGUUUCCCGUUCCUCCGACUUCGCGGCCGCCCGCACGAAAUCCUGGACCAUGUGUCUGGGCAAUUGUUCAAUGUUGUUCGCCCAAUAACAAUCGUUUCGUAAAGUGUUUCGAAUCGAUGGGCUGCCCCGGGGUUAAUUGGGAUCCUAACCCAUGCAGAGGUCCUCUCGCGGAUGCCGCCAGGGCAGAAGUCAUGAAGUUCUAUGACAACGCGUCAAAUCAAUAACAUUCGCAAUAAGAUUCCACCCUUCGUCCUUCGAGCGAGAAAUGUCAAUUGGGCAGAGAAAAGGGAAGAGAGAAAGUCUCGUCGAAAUUAACAGAAGAUCGAAUAGAAAGUUUCGAGUUACUGCGAAUCAAUUUGUGUGUGUGUGUGUGUGUGUGGUGUGUGUGUGACUUCUAUCUGCUCUGUACAAAUAUUUGUGUUGCUGGAUGAAAGAGCUCAGUAAGUAGACUUAGAUGUUUGCGGAACGAAAAAUCUUGAUACUACUACUCGUCACGAUAUCGGCGAUAGUUUUAGUAAAGAUUAAGCAAGAUCGAGUCGGAUAAUUGCGAUAAAUUCCUAUGCAGUGAAUAAAUAUUUUGUAAACAAUUAUUGAGAGACAAAUAUACGACGUAGCACGAUAUUUUUGUGUCAUGAAUUUUAAUAAAAGUGGACAUGAAAUUGAGUUAAAUAAAAUGUUUAAAA